CCUACGCGUAACACCACCAACUACCGUCACUCCUUUCACCACUCCACAUCACCCAUUCCGCCCACUAGGCCGAAAGCCUUCUCACGCCCACAAUGGCAAAGAACAACAAGUACUCCGUCCUCCUUCCCACCUACAACGAGCGCCGCAACCUCCCCAUCAUCGUCUGGCUCCUCCAACGCAUGUUCACCGAGAACAAGCUCGACUGGGAAAUCCUCAUCAUCGACGACGGCUCCCCCGACGGCACGCAAACAAUCGCCAAACAGCUCAUCAAAGCCUACGGCGCGAACCGCAUCAAACUGCACACCCGCAGCGGCAAGCUCGGCCUCGGCACGGCCUACGUGCACGGCCUGCAGUUCGCCACGGGCAACUUCGUCAUCAUCAUGGACGCCGACUUUUCGCACCACCCGAAAUUCAUCCCUUUGAUGAUCGCCAAGCAGGCGGAGCGAGGAGGAGGAGCGGGGGGUUACGAUAUUGUGACGGGGACGCGGUACGCGGGGGAUGGAGGCGUGUAUGGGUGGGAUUUGAAGAGGAAGCUGGUGUCACGUGGGGCGAAUCUGUUUGCUGAUACGGUGUUGCAGCCGGGGGUGUCGGAUUUGACGGGCUCGUUUCGGUUGUAUAAGAAGGCGGUGCUGGAUGAUGUUAUUCACAGCACGGAGAGCAAGGGGUACAGCUUUCAGAUGGAGAUGAUGGUGCGUGCCAAGGCGAAGGGAUACAGCGUCGCGGAGGUGCCCAUCAGCUUUGUUGAUCGGGUUUAUGGCGACAGCAAGCUUGGAGGCGACGAGAUAGUAAACUACGCGAAGGGGGUGUUGGGACUCUGGUUGAAGGUGUGAUGUGUUUCGGGGGCAUGGAAAGCGUUGGCGUUGGAGGAGAGUUAAGCCAUGCAUUUUCGCGAGGAUAUUGACAUUUGCAAAGCUUUGGUAGAUGGAACAAUGGCAUUCGCAAGCACUCUUCA